UGCGCUCUUCGGUCCGUGUGACAUGUUCCACAACAUGCUACAGCUGUGGAGUUGAGAAAUUAAUAAAGAAAUAGUUUCAUCGCAUUUACGCACGUUUUAAAGAACGUGUAAACCCGAUCAAUAAUGCUGUAGACACACUCAUCAACUAUGCUGAGUCGCCUUCAGGAACUCAAAAAGGAAGAGGAGACUCUUCUCAAAAUAAAACUCAUGCUGCAAGAUCAGCUCAACAGACUUAAGUUUGAGGAGGGAACCCUGAAGUCAAUGAUCAGUGCUCAGUCUGAGGAGACCCCAAAUGAAGCCCCUGCACCUGAGGUGGAAAUAAACCUAGAUGACGAGACUGAGAUCAACCAGACCAAACUAGCAUUGGGUGCUCCUACUGACUAUGACAUGGAAGAAGAGGAGGAGGAGGAGGAGGAGGAUGACGACGAUGAUGAUGCAGAUGAUGACCUCGAUAUGGUGCUAGAAGAUGAGGAGGAAGAUGAUAACUACUGACUGUACCUGCAAAGAGAACAUUAGCAUUUAGUCCUGUGUUUAGGUCUGUGAUUUACAGACAGUUGGCAUGCUGAAAGAUAAGAGACUGCAGUUGUCUCUUUCUGUGUUUUAGAUUGGUGUUGCUUUAGAUAAACAGUUGGUUUAGCCAUAUAUAGAUAAAAAUGUGUGUAGCACAAAUACAAUUCCUCUUCUUACUGUGCUGUUGGCCAAGCCUGCACUGUCACAUUAAAACAGGUAAAUUGAAGAAUUGCACCAAUCACAUUUCAUGGUGAUUAACAUGUGGUACUGUAUUAUUUAGACUAAAUUUGAUAUUGUGUUGUUUUGCUUUUAGAUUGAUUUCAUUAUGAUCGAUAAGCUGAUAAUAAGUGUUCAGGUUGUAAACCUGCGGAAGUGUUUUUCUAUUUAGAAAAGUGAAUGUGUGGAAUACGUUGUAUGCAUGGGCAUGACAAUUGUUCUUGCUGAGCCAAUAUUAUACAUUUUUUGUACUUCAUGUGAAGCAUUGUUAAUGUACAGAGAGUCCCUAUGUUUUCUUAGAGAUUUCAUAAACAUUUGUUCUGCAAUGUUCUGCUCAGUGUAAAUAAAUUGGAAUAGCAUUUGAAAAUAUUUCACUGAGUGAUGCAACUGGACAUUUUUCUUGAAAAUCUGUAGUUGGUUUUUUUAGAUGAACUGUACUUUGCCUUGAUGUAAAUGUGUUAUGUGUGAGUGACAUUUUUACAUGAUCCUUUAGCAGGUACGUGGUAAUAAAGAUGAAUGCGAUGA